GGCUCCAGUUGUUUCUGAUCGUCAAUCAGACCUCUCACAUAGCUCCAGAGAUCCAGACCUAGGCAGCCAGACUUCUCUUUCUCCCACUCCGGACACAACCUUUGGUCAUGGGAAGGAUCGGAAAGGAGGUGUUUGGCCAGGUGCUCAGCUUCAUCGGCUUCGUGGGGGUGGCAGUGACCACGGGUAUCCCUAUGUGGAGGGUAACCACUUACAUCGGUGCCAACAUCGUAACAGGACAGAUUGUGUGGGACGGCCUGUGGAUGAACUGCGUGAUGCAGAGCACGGGACAGAUGCAGUGCAAGAUAAACGACUCAGUGAUGAGGCUAGCGACAGACCUUCAGGCAGCGAGGGCCCUGGUCAUCAUCUCCAUCAUCUUCAUCUUUGUCGGCCUGAUUGUCACCUUCAUCGGGGGCCAGUGCACCAGCACCCUGAAGUCUGAAUCCUCCAAGAGUAAAGUGACGAUCCUUGGAGGCAUCCUGCUGCUCAUUGGUGCUCUUCUGGUCCUCAUCCCCGUCUGCUGGUCGGCAGCGUUCACCAUCUCAGACUUUAAUAACCCUCUGACCAUCGAGACCCAGAGGAGGGAGAUAGGAGCCUCCAUCUACAUCGGCUGGGGCUCCACAGCGCUGCUCCUCAUCGGAGGGAUCAUCCUCUGCACCUCCUGCCCGCCCCAGAAGAUGUAUGGGUACCCAGGCUAUCCUCAAGGAGCACCCAUGUACCCCUAUCCAGGCCAACCAAUGGUCCAGGCAGGGCCCUAUGGGAGAGUUUACACCCCAGCCAGCAGACCCUACUCAGGGACAGGUUCGUAUGCACCAAGCAAGCCAUAUGCAGCACCAAUAGAAUACGCUGUACCUGGACGGCCUGGACGGUAUCUGUAACAAAGUGAAAUGGAAAGCGGGAACAUCUCCCUGAAUAUUGACUGGUAUUCUGGACCUUGAUGUUUUCAAGCUAUUGUUUUGGUUAGCUUUGCAUCUGAGUUUAAUUGCACCACCAAAAUGUACUUAUAUCAUGUACUUUUGUCCACAUUGAUAUGUAGAUAUUGUUAUUGAUGAGAAUAACAUGCAAUUUAUAGACAUGAAAAUGAUUGUGUGAAUGAUAUUCAUUACAAGAGGAAGAAUCUGUUCUUUCAAAUGUUGACAAUGUAAAUCCUUAUGUCUUGACUACUAUACCAGUAUGCGAACAUUACAACAAAUAGUUUGAUAAUGAGAAUGGAUGUAGCGUAAAUUUUAAUUUUAGCAGCAACCUGUGUUCUCCCAUUGUGCAACCGAUACUGUUGUCUUGUAAAUAGCUGGCUGGUCUAUGACUUGUGAUGUAUCUGUACACAGAAAACAACCCAUUUUUCUGUAAAUAUGUAGUGCCUAUAUUUACCAAAUAUAAACACACACGUUAUUAUAUAAAACAAUGUGUAGGCUUAAUGUGUCUUUGUGGAAAAGUUGGGAAACAAUAACUGCGAUUUCAAAUGUUCAUGAACUGUGAGCAAUAAUCAUACCAAUAAUCAAAGCCUAUGCAUUUUCUAACUUACAAUUAAUGUUUUAAAAGUUGCAUUUUGAAUUCAACUCUGCUUUAAAUCAUGAAUCUAAACAUCUAAGUCGUUGGGGGAGGGGGUACUAAGCUAACACAUGGAGUUGGUUUAAGAUGGUCAUACCAUAGAUCAUUUAGCUAUUUGAUUUUGAAUUUCAGAACCCUUUCAGGUAUAAAAAUAUAUAUAUAUUUAAAAAAAAAUUGGCCUUUACUACUAUAGCGCAUUGAAUAACACAUUCAUAAAUGGCAAAAUACAUAAGGAAUAAGGUUUUGAAGCUCAGGGAAUAUUUAUAUAUAUAUAUUUUUUUUACACAUAUUCAACCCCUUAUUUUUGUUGACACAAAACUACCUCUAUACUUCCAUUAAUUUGUAUGGGUUACCUUCAGAUGCGAUCCUGUGACAAUUAGUUUGUAGCCAAAACGGUUUUGACGCUAGACAGAAGUUGGCACAUCAGCGUUUCCGACAUCAGACAAGUCCCGUGGGGCUUAUAGGGGUCGUAGAGCAAAACGGAGAACACCAGCGUGUUCGUGAAAGUCUCAUCUUUCUUUAUUUGUUUUGUAGGCCAGACUGUUACAGACGUUGAUGUGAGUGGACCAAUUUUUUUCUCAUGGUUUGACAAACACCGCCGUAGCUCGGCCACUUUCCACCGCAGAUGCGGAAAGCCGACAUAGGAGGAUGUGGCGUACUGAGACACAGCCCAUGCAUAUAUCUCUAGCUUAAACUGCCGGAUUUUGAUAGGGUGUGUCAAUAGACUCUUAUGGAUUUUAAGGGAUCAAUAUCUUUCAGUUACAUGAUGACGUGUAUCUGUGAAUCUCCUUUCAUUUUGGAAAAUGAAUGGUUGCAUGGUUGCUCAAAAGCUGCCUCAUAUCUCCUCUCUCCAAAUAUACAAACAUCCCACUGGGCACACAAUGGUUGAAUCUACAUCGUUUCCACAUCAUUUCACUCAAAUUACGUUCGUUGAACCAACGUGGAAUAGAUGUUGAAUUGACGUCCGUGCUCAGUGGGAUAGUUUUGAGAGUCUAGACUGUAACUCAAAUAGGUUGUUUAAUUAGAUUGCCAACAGCAUUCUUUAAAAUCAAGGUUUCUUGGAUCUGUACCCGGGCUUAAAGGCAAUGUUCUGUAACAUGUUUAUUUAAUGUAUUGGUUUAUUUCAUGAAAGAAAUGUGUUCAGGAUCAAAACCAAGAAAACAGAGACUGAAUAUAGGCCUUAACUUACUUCUGGCUAUGACAAAUCAGAAUUAUGGUGGUAUUAGCAACCUGAUUACAGGAAACAAUUGUUGCAAUAAAAAAUGUCAUCAUGAAAACAGGGAACAACAGUAGCUUUGAACGUCCGGCCAUGACUAAUGAGAAUUCAGGUGGCAUUCUUGACAGUUUAUCUCUCUACCCUGAAACCAAUGGGCAGACAGGCCUAACCGCCCAGCAAAACGGCAUUCACUACAGAGGCAUUUUUUGAAUGGACCAAUUACUAUCUCUUCUUCACAGGUCUUGAGACGCAUCUCAUCGAAACCCAUUGUCAUUCACACAUACCAACAGGGGAGGUGAAAGAAUCUGGUCCGGCUUGAAAAUUACCAUGUCAACUGGUUUCAGGUCAGGGGGAAGGAUGUUCACUCCACCCUUUCAGGAGCAGAGAGGUCCAUAUAACUUCAGGGGACGUGACUUAGUCAUUAGUUAACAACGAUUACAACCAAGCUGAGCUGACCUCCAUUGACUCUCCUCUACAACCUCUGCCUGAGCUUCAUUGAUUUUACAACAAAAAACAAGAAUUCUUCAAAAUGGUAUCAAUGGGAAGACAGAUGCUGGGCUUCGUCCUGGCUAUCAUCGGGUUCCUGGGGACCAUUAUUGUGUGUGCCCUGCCUAUGUGGAAAGUCACAGCCUUCAUUGGAGCCAACAUCGUGACUGCUCAGGUCAUCUGGGAGGGCUUGUGGAUGAACUGUGUGACCCAGAGCACGGGACAGAUGCAGUGCAAGAUCUAUGACUCCCUCCUGGCCUUACCCCAGGACCUGCAGGCUGCCAGAGCUCUGAGCGUCAUCGCCAUCAUCGCGUCAUGCUUCGGCAUCCUCUUGGGAAUUUCUGGAGGAAAGUGCACCAACUUUGUGGAGGAUGAGGCUUCCAAAGCUAAAGUAGCCAUUGCCAGUGGGAUCAUCUUCAUCGUGGCUGGCGUCCUCAUCCUCGUCCCUGUCUGCUGGUCUGCCAACACCAUCAUCAGGGAUUUCUACAACCCUCUGCUGGUCGAGGCCCAGAGGAGGGAGCUGGGGGCCUCGCUGUACAUCGGCUGGGGCACCGCAGGGCUCCUGAUCCUGGGAGGGGGGCUCCUCUGCAGCUCCUGCCCACCCAAGGAGGAGCGUGACGACUACCCAGUGAAGUACUCACAGGCAAGAUCCACAGCUACCAGCAGAGCUUACGUUUGAGCUGGAAACUGUUGAAAGAAAGACUGUAAAUUAUUUGAUUAUCUUUGGCAAUCUUCUGUGAAAUGAAAAUACCAUGCAAGUUACUGGUAUUAUCCAGUCUUGUUCUUUUCCAUUUUCCAUUUUGAAAGUGAUGUGAAAUCAGAACAGAAUGAAUAUGUGAAAACAAAUUAACGGAGCUCUUCAGAACUUUGCAAGAAAAAGACAAGACAGAACUGUUGCCUAUAAGAAAUGACGUUACAGAGAAGUAGUGCUAGUCUAUACGCAGUGUAGAGGAAUCAUCUCAUGGGUCAUGGGGUGAUGACUGAAGUGAAUUGAAGCCAUUCCCAUAACCCUAACUUAUCUUUUACCGUAUAAGGACACUGUGCCAGAAUGAUAGUAUUGAUGUAAGAACAUGGACUAUAUGUACAUUAUAUAUGUAUAAUUGACUUGUCACAACUUUGUACAGUAGAUCACAGUAUGUUUUGCAAACAGCCAAUAUAUGUUAAUUGCUUAUGUCUAAAGAACUUAAUCAAUUGCAAACCUUAUUUUUUUGUAUAAAACAUUUCCAACAAAGUUU